AUGUCUACGAAGGACGGUUCAUCCUCUUCUGCGAACACGAAUCGAGAUUCGAGACCUAUAUGCCACGAUUGUCCAUGUAUCUUGCAGGUGUCGGGUACCGACAAGAAUCCGGGAAGAAAGUUUUACUGUUGUCGAUACUGGAAGGAUUCAAAAGUAAAGUGCAAGUUUUUCGUGUGGGUUGAUGAGUACGAACCCAAAAUUUGGAAGGAAUCCGAGGAUGAGCUGAAGACCAAACUGAUUGAAAUGGAGGAGUGUUGUAGGAUUGCUCGGAUGAAGGCAGAAAGGAGGAAAAAGGCUAAAAAUUUGCUUUUAGAAGAACUGAUCAGUACCAAGGAGGAGCACGCAAGAACUACAUCCGAGUUAAGGAAAAUCAGCAACGUGGUUGAUGUUCUUGAAAGCAGGAUGAAGAAUGUGAUGAUAAUUGCUCUAGUUGUUAUGCUUUGUGUUGUACUUCAGUGGUUUCAAUGA